AACAAAGACACAAGCCAUCUUCUCCUCUCUUCUGCAACCAAAACCCAAGUUUUCUUCUUGCCUUUGUUUUUCUGUAAUAUUCUCCAAUGGCUCAGAAGACAACCCCUGGUCCUCUUCAGCCACCAAUGACUGGAGUCACUGACAAACCCGCUACUGCUGCUGCUCAGGCACUUCUCCAAAACCUUGGUGCAGCUCAAGCACUCGUCAAUAAUCCUGGUGUUGCUGCUCGGGCACUCCUCAACAACCCUGGUGUUGGUCAGCAACUCAUCAGCAAUCCUGGAGCCGGUCAGCCAAACAUUAGCAUUCCUGGUGCUAAUCAGGCAUUAAUCAGCAAACCUAGUACUGCUGAGGCACUCAUGAAGAGUCCUAGUGCAACUCAAGCACUCAUCAGAGGUGACCGUGGGGGCAUGUUAAGCAUGUCAGAUGACAAUGUGAUGAUGAAGCAAAUUUUGACAACCCAUGCCCCUGAUGGCCGAGAAUUUGAUGUUAGACCUCUCCUCUAUCUGGUUGAGGACAUCCUCAAUCGCGCCACCCAGCAUGUUGAUUUCAUUGUCAAGGGUACUCUAGGUCAAAUUGAACUGGAAGAAAAAGCUCAGCAAGCAAAUUAUAUAGCUAUGCUUCAAGCUCUUACAUAUACCAUUGAUCGAAUUGCAUGCGAGCUAUCCUACAAGGCUUUGGGAGGUUCGGAUGCACACGCAACAACAACUGCAAUAUUCACCUUGCUAUCAAGCUAUACAUGGGAAGCAAAGCUAGUGCUAUCCCUAUCAGCCUUUGCCUUGAACUAUGGAGAAUUCUGGCUUCUUGCUCAGAUUUACUCAACAAACCAACUUGCCAAGUCAAUGGCAAUCCUGAGGCAACUGCCAUCAAUCCUGGAGCACACAGCUCCUCUGAAACCCCGGUUUGAUGCACUCAACAAUUUGAUUCGGACAAUGAUGGAUGUGACUAGAUGUGUCGUUGAGUUCAAAGAGCUCCCAUCAAUGUACAUUUCACAGGAUGUUCCGGCAUUGGCCACUGCCAUGACCCAUAUCCCGACUGCUGUCUACUGGACCAUCAGGAGCAUGGUGGCUUGUGCAACUCAAAUUACUAGCCUCUCUAGCAUGGGUCAUGAGUAUGGAAUAUCAACCUCAGAGUCGUGGGAGUUGUCCACAUUGGCUCACAAACUCAGAAACAUAUAUGAACAUCUAAGGCAGCAGCUGAAUUUUUGCUACCAAUUUAUAGAGGAAAGGAAAGAUGUUGAGACUUACCAGAUGCUACUGAAUCUCUUUGAUCCAAACGUGAUGCACAUUGACAACAUUAAAAUUCUCAAGGCCUUGAUUCAAGCCAGGGAUGAGAAACUACCCCUUCUUGAUGGUGCUACAAAGGGACAGGUUGGCCUGGACGUGCUGAGAAGGAAAAGUGUGCUCUUGCUUAUUUCAAGCCUGGAUUUCUCUGGUGAUGAGCUUGCGAUUCUUGAGCAGAUAUACAGUGACUCCAGAAUCCAUGCAACAAGGCUAGAGAGUCAAUAUGAGGUUGUUUGGAUCCCAGUUGUGGACCGCUCGGUUGUCCCAUUGACUGAUGAAACGCGAACCAAAUUUGAGACCCUACGAAGCACCAUGCCAUGGUACUCGGUGGAGGACCCUCUGCUCAUAGAGAAGCCAGUCAUCAGGUUCCUCAAGGAGGUUUGGCACUUCAGGACCAAGCCAAUCCUUGUGGUGCUAGACCCUCUAGGGAAAGUGGUUUCCCCUAAUGCAAUCCACAUGAUGUGGAUUUGGGGAAGCAAUGCAUUCCCCUUCACUAGUUUGAGAGAAGAAGCUCUCUGGAGGGAAGAGACAUGGAGGCUUGAUCUACUGGUUGAUGGCAUUGACCCAUUGAUCCUCAAUUGGAUUAAAGAGGAUAAAUACAUUUUCUUGUAUGGAGGGGACGAUGUUGAGUGGAUCAGAAGAUUUGCAGCCUCAGCACGCAGUGUUGCAUCUGCAUCUGGGAUUCCUCUAGAGAUGGUCUAUGUGGGGAAAAGCACGAAAAGGGAGCAAGUCAAGAAAGUGACAGGAAUUAUCAAUGUGGAGAAGCUUAGCUAUGCCUGGCAAGACCAAACAAUGGUGUGGUUCUUCUGGACCAGAUUAGAGAGUAUGCUAUUUUCCAAGAUUCAGUUAGGCAGGGCUGAUGACCAUGAUCCAAUGAUGCAACAAAUCAAGAAGCUGCUUAGCUAUGACAGAGAAGGUGGAUGGGCAGUGCUUAGCAAAGGGUCUAACAUAGUUGUGAAUGGCCAUUCCACCACAGUUUUGCCUGCUUUGGGUGGUUAUGCUGAAUGGAAGAUUAAUGUGGCAGAUAAAGGUUUUGAUUUGGCAUUCAAGGAGUACCAUGACAGGCUUCAUGAUGUUGCCCACCCUUGCUGCCGUUUUGAGUUCCCUACUACCACAAGGAUCCCAGAGAGCAUGAGGUGCCCUGAGUGCCGCCGCAUCAUGGAGAAAUACACCACUUUCCUCUGCUGCCAUGAUGAGCAAGGCAUUCCAGGCUCACUGUUUUAAGCUGCGAUCAGGCCUUCAUCACUGUUUUUCCUUCUACUAUUGCCACUAAAUAAAUAAUGGAUGUUCCUACGGGAUUCAAAAUUUAAUUUUCUCAUAUAAAUUUUCACUUGGCCUGUUAAGGUUUGUGCUUGACAUGUAAUGCCAAUGGCCACUAUGUUGGCAACCCAUAGAUAUUUUUUCAAUAAACAAAUUAUAUUUGAUUUCCUCAUUGAUGUGAUGUUAUCUAGGAUCUGAUAUGAUAUUAUAAAGGGCAAAGUUU